AUGAACGGAGGUCCAGGAAGUUCCUCUAUGAUUGGCCUCAUGCAGGAAAAUGGACCCUGUAUUGUCAACGAGGAUUCCAAUUCCACAGAGCUCAAUCCUUGGUCCUGGAAUAACUAUGUCAAUAUGCUCUACAUUGAUCAGCCAAAUCAGGUCGGCUUCAGUUAUGAUGUCCCGACUAACGGUACCUUUGAUCAAGUCCAAGGUGCCUGGAACUUGUCGGAGUGGGCCGGUGUGCCCAAGCAGAAUAACACUUUCUAUGUUGGCACGACAGCCAGCCAAGAUAAGUCGACGGUAGCCAAUAGUACUGCAAACUCCGCGCGGUCACUGUGGCACUUUGCUCAGACCUGGUUCACCGAGUUUCCACAUUAUAAGCCCCAUGAUGACCGGGUCAGCAUCUGGACUGAGUCAUACGGCGGUCGCUACGGCCCAUCUUUCACUGCCUUCUUCCAGGAGCAAAACGAAAAGAUAAAAAAUGGCAGCAUCGAUACCCCGGGGGCAUCACACUACAUUCACCUAGAUACACUAGGCAUCAUUAACGGCUGCAUCGAUCUCCUGGUGCAGGAACCAACCUAUCCAGUAAUGGCAUACAACAAUACCUACGACAUCCAGGCCAUCAACAAGACCGUAUAUGAUAAUGCCAUGGAGGCAUGGAGUCGCCCUGGGGGAUGCAAAGACCUGAUCACGCACUGUCGCGCGCUGGCCGCAGAGGGCGAUCCGCAAAUGUAUGGCAACAAUGCAACCGUCAACAAAGCGUGCCAUAACGCCGACAAUUUCUGCAGCAACAACGUCGAAGGUGCAUACGUAGAAUACGCGGGCCGCGGCUACUACGACAUCACUCACAAGAACCCAGACCCUUUCCCACCGUCCUACUACUUGGGUUGGCUGAACCAGCACUGGGUGCAAGGUGCACUGGGCGUCCCAAUUAACUUCACUGAGUCAAGCAACGGUGCCUACGGCGCUUUCAAAUCUGUUGGGGACUAUCCACGUUCUGACGUUCACGGCUACCUCGAAGACCUGGCAUACGUGCUCGACUCGGGUAUCAAGGUCGCUCUCGUUUACGGUGACAGUGACUACGCUUGCAACUGGAUUGGAGGCGAAGAUGCCAGCUUGCUGGUCAACCAUGCUGGUGCUUCUGCUUUCCGGUCUGCUGGGUACACACCUCUACGCACGAAUUCCACGUAUAUUGGCGGCCAGGUCCGGCAGCAUGGCAACUUUUCUUUCACGCGUGUCUACGAUGCCGGUCAUGAAGUCCCGGCCUACCAGCCACAGACUGCAUACGAGAUCUUCUACCGGUCGCUCUUCAACCGCGAUCUGGCCACGGGCAAGAUCAAUACCGCACGUAAUGGCUCAUAUACCACAGAGGGGCCUGCGUCUACUUGGCUUAUCAAGAACAAGGUCCCGGAGAGUCCGGGUCCGGUCUGCUAUAUCCUUGCUUUGGACUCGACAUGCACUCAAGACCAGAUUGCAAGUGUGGUCAAUGGCUCAGCUGUUAUUCGUGAUUACAUUGUUGUGAAUGAAAAGUAG